CAGGCAUGGGGGAGGCCCGGACUCGCACCGGAGCGUCGGCUGAUGGGCUAGCUCCCGCAGGGUCGCCGAUGCCGGAGGCCGGCGUGGAGGCGGAGGUGGCGAAGCUGCUGCCCUUCCUGGCGCCCGCGGCGCGGGCGGACCUGCAGGCGGAGGCGGUGCGGCACGUGCUGGCGCUGACCGGCUCCGGGCCCGGUCGGACGCUGCUGGCCGGCCAGGCGGCGCUGCUGCGGGCGCUGGUCGACCUGGCGGAGGCCGCGGCCCCGGCCCCGGCCCGCGACGCCGCUCGUGCGCUCGUCAACCUGGCUGCCGAGCCCGGCCUACACGGUCCGCUCCUGGAGGCCGAGCCCGCGCUGCCUGCCCGCCUCCUGGGCCGCGCGUUGGACCCAGAGUGGCCCUGGGCCGAGGAGGCGGCCGCCGUGCUGGCCAACCUCAGCCGCGAGCCGGCGCCGUGUGACGCGCUGAUGGCCGCGCUGGCGGCUGAGGAGCCGGGAGGGCCAGGCCUGGAGCGGCUGGUGCACGCGCUGUGCACGCCCGACUACAACCCCCGGGCGCCCCUGCAUUACUUGGGGCCGGUGCUCUCCAACCUCAGCCAGGGUCCCGCGGCGCGGGCGUUCCUGCUGGACCGCGAGAGGUGCGUGGUCCAGCGGCUGCUGCCCCUUGCCCAAUUCCCAGACUCCUCGGUGCGCAGGGGCGGGGUGGUGGGGACUCUCCGAAACUGCUGCUUCGAGCAUCGACACCACGAGUGGUUGCUUGGGCCCCAGGUGGACAUUCUCCCCUUCUUGCUGCUGCCCUUGGCUGGGCCUGAAGACUUCUCUGAGGAGGAGAUGGAGCGGCUGCCAGUGGACCUGCAGUACCUGCCCCCAGACAAGCAGCGGGAGCCCGAUGCUGACAUCCGCAAGAUGCUGGUGGAGGCCGUCAUGCUGCUGACAGCCACGGCCGCUGGACGCCAGCAGGUGAGGCGCCAGGGAGCCUACCUGAUCCUGCGUGAGCUACACAGCUGGGAGCCGGAGCCCGACGUGCAGGGGGCUUGUGAGAAACUCAUUCAGGUGCUCAUUGGGGAUGAGCCAGAGCCGGGCAUGGAAAACCUGCUGGAGGUACAGGUGCCUGAGGACGUGGAGAGGCGGCUGCAGCAGCUGGACCACCAGGAGCGGGAGCAGCACACCCGGGGGCAGCCAGAGGAGCCGGCCCCGGAACCACAAGCAGAGGGGGCUACACCCACCUGAGGCCCUGGCUCCCCACCCCCAGCUCCAGGCCCACCUUGGCCAGCCCAUCCGUCCAGGCCUUCCAGACCAGGCCUUCCUGCAGGCUUCCGGGUCUCCUUGCUCAGAGCGCUAUUCCCUGCUGAAAGGUGUAGGUACACUUACGCUCAGGGUGGGGCGUCUGGGACGAAUGUGCGGUAAAUGUGGGGGGUCAGGGCGCUUCAUGCCCCGUUGCUUCCUGCAACACAGGUUGUUCAGACCAGUGCUGGUCAGACGGAGCUAGUCAGGCUCUGUGACUCUCAGGCACUUCCAGGAGACGGCCGCGGGGGCUGGGCAGAAACCAGUACAAGCCUGAACAACCCCUGAGGGCACUACAGAGGUCUGGGCAUCCAGGUGUAAGCAAGGCCUUUUGCUGCCAGUCCCACCCCGCACCUUCCAUUCUGGGUCCUUAGCUAGCCCUGCCUGAGAUCCAGCCUCAGAGGACUGACAUCUUGAGACUGUCACCAGCUGCAGCCUGUCCUGGGAUCUCCUAAGGCUGCAGCCCCUGGUUUGUCCUUGGAGCACUUGCUGGGUGCUGUCUGCCUCCUCUCCACCAUCCUGCUCCGCCUGUGCUUGGAGACUGCCCUCAGCCCCCUGCUAGUUUGUCCAGCCCAGAACUGAUGUGACAAGCUACGUCUGCAUUAACUACGCUCUAGCCGUGGUCAGUUUCCUUGACUUGCACGGCCCCUUGCCUCCCCGGUGCACCUUUAGCCUCGCUCUUUGCCGAGCCUUUUUCCUUAGCACCCUCUGUCUCCUUGGAGCCCCACUGGGUCCAAGAAACUUGUUUUCCCCCAGCUCCUUGUGUGGGCUUCUGUGUUCUGCAGCUGCCAAGCCUGGUAGGCUGUCCACAUGGCCCUCCCCGUGCCCUGCUCCCUCCCUGCCACCAUCUCCGGGGUAGGACUCCUUUGCACUCUGGCACAGGAGUGCAGCCUGACGCCCUGAGUGUUCCAGCACCCUCUCUCCAUGUGCCCUCAGUCCUGUCACUGCCUCCAGAGCUGGAGGUCCACUUCAGUUCCUCCCAUCGAGCCUGGGUGCAUCACGGAAACAAGGGGUCUCUUUCCUCUCUGGUACCCUCUGUAUUUUUCUCCUCCUCCCGAUUAAAUCUGUGAUGUGGA